AUGGAUGAUGAUCUAUGUGGAAAAAUUGAUUUUUUGAGGAAGCAUUUCCCUGAUGAAUCAAGUGAAAAAGCAGAAAUCGAAUUUAAAAAAAUUAGUAAUUUCGAUAAGUACUGCCCUGAUGGAAACUGUAAUACUGAACUCGAUAAAAUUGCGAUUGGAUUUUUAUGGUUACUUGAAAAAUAUUUUACUAAAUACCCAAUUAAAGGCAAUACUGGAUAUAAUACUGAACCAUUUUUUAUUUAUAUUAUCUUAUGGUUAAGUAACAAAUUAAAUCAAAGCAAAAAUAACAACACCACUAAUAUAAACGAUUUUUACACUCAGCAUGUAAUUGGUAGUAAUAAACAUAGUAAUUUUAAAGAUGUCGCCUACAAAUUUUCAGGUCUUGAGGAAUUCAUAAAUAAACAAAAAGAAUUGUUGAAUAUUAAUAUUAAAGAUCUGUCUAAAUUUUAUGAUGCAUCCAAAUUAAUAUGUAGGAUGUAUGGUAAUUUUGCAACGAAUCUAAAUAAGGAUGAACUGUUAAAUAAUGCGAAUGAAUUUGUUAUAAAAUAUCAAGAACUUAAUGGAGGUUCUAAUAAUACUAGUGACAGUUCAUGUGAACAAAUAUUGUCUGCUUUAUCAACUGAUUAUGGUAUUUUAAGAAAUAAACGUAAUGAUAUUACAUUUCUUCCAGAGAUAACAGCAAAUAUUUCUGCACUAAGAUCUGGAUAUACAUUAUCAAGUUCGUCGAUAGGAAGCAAAUUAUUUACAGUUUUAUCGAUAUUUGGUGCAAUAGCAUUUUUUUUAGGAAUUUCUUAUAAGUAUUCGUUGUUUGGAUUUCGGAAACGAGCUCAAAAACAAUAUUUAAGAGAAAAAAUAAAAAAUAUAAAGAAGAAAAUGAAUCGUUAA